UAACCCCCUAUAAAUACCCUCCAUUUUCCCACACCCCAUCAUCGCAUUUCUACAACAUAUAUUCACAAGUUAUAUACAUUUCUUUGUCCCCUUGUCCUUGUUGCUAUCAAUCUUUUUUCUUUUGAGAAGAUGACUAUUGCUAUUGAGCAGCCUGAUCUUGGCUUACAAGUGGAUGCCAAGAAAAUCCCUUCUGACACAAAUGAACUUAUCUUGGAUGGAGGAUUUGCCCUUCCCAAAUUGGAACCACAAGUUGGAUUUGAAGCCCCAGAAAUCAACUCAUUUGGCCACUCCUUUAGAGAUUACAAUGCGGAAAGCGAGAGACAAAAGACUGUUGAGGAGUUCUACCGACUGAACCACAUCAAUCAGACGUAUGACUUUGUGAAGAAGAUGAGGGAAAAGUACGGAAAACUUGAUAGAGUGGAGAUGAGCAUUUGGGAAUGCUGCGAAUUGCUGAACGAUGUGGUAGAUGACAGCGAUCCUGAUUUGGAUGAACCCCAGAUUGAGCACUUGCUGCAAACUGCAGAGGCCAUCAGAAAGGAUUACCCCCAUGAGGAUUGGCUGCAUUUGACUGCCCUCAUCCACGAUCUUGGAAAAGUGCUGCUUCUUCCUAGCUUUGGAGGGUUGCCCCAAUGGGCUGUUGUUGGUGAUACAUUCCCUCUUGGAUGUGCAUUUGAUGAGUCCAUUGUUCACCACAAGUACUUCAAGGACAAUUCCGACACUCACAAUCCUGCAUACAACACCAAGAAUGGGAUUUACGAAGAAGGAUGUGGCCUAGAGAACGUUGUCAUGUCGUGGGGGCACGACGACUAUAUGUACUUGGUGGCUAAGGAAAACGGGACUACUCUACCUUCAGCUGCAUUGUUCAUCGUCCGUUACCACUCGUUCUAUCCCUUGCACAGAGCUGGAGCUUACACACACUUGAUGAAUGAGGAGGAUAAAGAGAACUUGAAGUGGCUGCAGAUAUUCAACAAAUACGAUCUAUACAGCAAGAGCAAAGUUCGGGUCGAUGUUGACAAAGUGAAGCCGUACUACCUCUCCCUCAUUGAAAAGUAUUUCCCAGCAAAGCUGAAAUGGUAAAUACAUUCGCAAAUUGAGGACAGGGAAGAACAACAUCCAUCGAUCAACAAAAAUUAAUACAUUAAAAGAUGAUUGUGGUUGGGGAUCAGAGGAUUAAAUGUAUAUACAUUGGUUGGAUGGUCAGAUAUUUUAUUUUAUUAUUUUUUCUUUUUUCCCUUCGCAGUAUUUGUAAUUUUUUUUUUAUUUUCGUAGUAAUCAUUUUCUUUGUAUCGGUGUAAUUGUUCAUCUCCUUUUGUUACUUCAUAUUUUCACUCUCCA